AUGAAGUCGUUCGCUCUUACCCUCUCGCUUGCAACAUCUGCCUUGGCAUCACCAUUGACAGAGCGCGCAUCUACGUGGUCGGGAUGGAAAGGCGUGAAAUAUUUCUUCGUAUUCGGUGACUCUUACACCCAAACCGGUUUUGACCCCAAGAGCACGCAACCAUCCGCAACAAACCCUUUUGGUAACCCACCGUGGCCAGGAUGGACUUCUUCUAACGGCCCCAACUGGGUUGGUUUCUUGACUGCGACAUACAACACUACUAAGAUCCAGACAUACAACCUGGCUUAUGGCGGUGCUACUGUCGACUCCGCCCUCGUCGCACCCUACACCCCAACUGUACUGAGUCUGAAGAACCAGGUACAGGAUCAAUUCCUCCCAAUCUACGGCUCUCACCCCUCUUCCGCACCAUGGAAGGACAGCGAUUCGCUAUUCGCUUUCUGGAUCGGCAUCAAUGAUGUAGGCAACUCGUGGUGGCUGAGCAACGCCACUGCAUUGUACGACCAAAUCUUCACCGUCUAUGACGGACUACUAGAGUCCGUCUAUGCUACCGGCGCAAGGAACUUCUUGUUCCUUUCGGUGCCACCAGUAAACCUUGCGCCGCUCACUCUUGCUAAUGGAGACUACGCGAUCGAGAAUGAGGGCAAGAUGAUCGAGACUUGGAACGCGAAGCUGAAGAACCUUACAACAACCUUCUCCAAACGCCACAACAACACUCUCAAGAUCUUCGUUCACGACACGCACACGCUCUUUACGAACGUGAUCAACGACCCCAAGUCAUACGAGCAAACAGCUGGUUUGAAGAACACCACGGGAUACUGCACCGCGUACGAAAAUGGCACGCCUACUUGGUACACAUCUGACCCCAGCUGUUUGUACCCCGUCAACCAGUAUUUAUGGCUCAACGAACUUCACCCUACGUUCCCCAUGCACAAUGCUACAGCUGCUUCGGUGGUUAAGACACUCAAUGGUAGUGGCAAGACUCUCUGA